ACGCAGCGAUGUGCUAUUGUGGUUUUAUGAUAACUUUGUCUCUGCUUUAUUCACAUCAUAGUCACACUCUGGGGGGCAUGCACGACAACAAUCAGCACUGUUGUCACGGGACAGUCUGAAUAAGAGGGGGCUGACUGACAAUUGAUGAUGUGCACGAAGUACUAGGGCUGAUCCAGGCGGUUGUGGUUGUUACGCUCCUCUGUUGAGUGCUUUAUCCCACUCUACCAAGUACUACAGAUAUAGUCGUCCUUUUGACAGUCACACACAUUCUAGCCUAAAAAGCAUAUAAAGCUUUGGCGCUUUGGUUUACUUUGUGUAUCUGUGGAUCAUUUCCUCUAGAGUCGGUCACUGAGAUACAUAUAUGUAGGCGUGAUGUUUGGUCAGUGAUGUUUGGUCAGUGCAGUUUAUGUAACUGCUUCUGAUAUACAUAGUUAUAUAUAGGCAUUCAGAUGAACAUGACAGAAGUUCUGUUCAAGGUGAUUGUAAUUGGUGAUCCCACAGUUGGGAAGACUUCAUUUGUACAGCGUUAUGUCAACGAUUCCUUCAGACGAGACUACAAGGGCACAAUUGGAGUGGAUUUCGCUCUGAAGGUUAUUAAGUGGACUGAUACGCAGACAAUCAAGUUACAACUCUGGGAUAUAGCUGGGCAAGAGCGCUUCACGUCGAUGACACGGGUGUACUAUAAAGAUGCCCAUGCCUGUAUCGUCAUGUUUGACCUGACUCAGAAACCUAGUUUUCUGAACACCAUACGUUGGAAGAAGGAUCUCGACUCCAAGUGUUCUCUCCCAGAUGGAUCUCUCGUGCCAUGUCUGCUACUAGCCAACAAAUGCGACCUGACUCACCGAGAGGUCAGCCAGAAUGAGAUAGAGGAGCUCUGCAAGGAACACGACUUUCUCGGCUGGACAGAAACGUCCGUUAAAAACGGACUUAUGAUCGAGGAGUCGAUGAGGUUUUUGUUAGAAGAAAUUGUUGCCAAAAACAGUGAACUGGAUGAACUGGAAGCAUCAUAUCAGCGAUCUGCUGUGAAGAAUGGCGUGCGCCUGAGAGAGGGUCCGAAUUCAGGGGGGAUAAUCAGUCGAUGUGGCUGCUAACACAAUAACUGACCACUGUGCAUUGUCUUUUUGAUAAAUGAACUGAUGUACGUAUACUGUUUUAUCAGGGCUGAGGUAAUUACCCAUGUUUUCAAGCAACUUGCACAUUGUCCUCUUCUUAGGCAGCUCUGCUGUGACAAAGGCUGUAACAGCAGGUGUCAUAUGUAAUGGAAAGAGUUUAGACAGUCAGACAGAAUGGUAUUGUAUUGCAUGAGUUUUUCCUCUUUAGAUGUUUCCUCACCACUUCUCUACAUUGCAUGUGUGAUGUGUUCAGAAAAGGUAAAAAAAAAAGGUGUAAUUUACUUAGUCACAUAUACACAUCAAGUAAUAUUUGUUGGAACUAUCCAUCAUAUGAUACAUGGAAUAAACAUGGAGAGUUACUUUCGUGUAUUUCCUUGGAAGUGGACUGAUAUCAUAAAAUGAUAGCAUAAUAAUUGGCAAAUUUCAAUAAAGUUCAUCUAUUUAAAUGAGAAAAAUUAAAGAAAGCAAUGUAUAGCUGUUUUGAAGGAUGCAAUUUUCCAGGAUUUCCCUCAUUGAGAAAUUCACCUACAUUAUGAAUUGCAUGGAUAAGUUUUGCACCGCUGAUAUACAAACUGAUGGUCUUUUCCUCCUGAAUAGAUUCUGUUGAUGUGUACAAGGAAGACUAUGUCAUUGGACAUGGUCGUGGUGUAUUAGUUACAUCAUUACACAGUGAUAGGAUAUAUAAAUAUACGGUGUCAGUAAUCCUCAGUAUGGAGAUUAUUGACAUCACAUAUUAGGGUAUCCUUUCACUGAGUCAUCAUGUAACAAAUUUAUCCUGCAAAGACCCAUCGAUUCAGUGCAGAAGACCGAUGUAUAGGUGAAUUGCUUCAGUGAUGUGACCAUUGUAUGCACAACCCAGCAAAGGGAGAUAACCUACUCGGCAGAAACAUUUGACGUCGUCUGCAGGAUUCGAGAAUAUAUCUGUACCCCAUGGUUAUUACCCAAUGAAAAGUGGAGUAUUUUGUCUAAUGUGGGAUAAGAUCUUCCAUGAUUUAAAAAAUAUGUACACAUGUUGUCUAUAAGCAUAUUGUUCAGGGAUACUGGCUUUUGUUUCAUUUGGGCCUGAUAGUGUUGUUGAUCUUUUACUAAUUCCAGAGCUGUACUAUACAUACUAGAGUCAUGUAAAGACUUGAAAGUUUGCAUGAUGCAGGACAUGUGUAUGUAUACAGAUUUUCAAUGUUUUACCUUUUCUGACCUGAUCUAAAAUAUUUUUUUGGGAUAAAAUAUUGAUUUUGGUGCUGAAACUGUGGUGCCACAGGAAUAUCUUCUAAUUUCCAAAGGAAAAUAGGGUGCCUCUGCGGCCGAGGGGUUUAGCACUCCAGCAUGGCGCAGUUACCCAGGAGCCUCCUACCAAUGCGGCUGCUGUGAGUUCAAGUCCAGCUCAUGCUGGCUUCCUCUUUGGCCGUCUUGGGGAAGGUCUGUCAACAACCUGCGGAUGGUCAUAGGUUUCCCCUGAGCUCUGCUUGGUUUCCUCCAAUCAUAGUGCUGGCCACCGUGGUAUAAGUGAAAUAUUCUUCAGUAUGGCAUAAAACUUCAAUCAAAUCAGGUAAAUAAAUCCAAACAAACAUCAAAACUCCCAGAAUCAAUAUAAAUAAGCAGGUAAGGAAAAAAAAUUUGGGGUCAUUUACAGUACAUUGCUUAACCUUUUCAUGCAAUCCAUAAUUAGAAUUUCCACUGAUAUUCAGAGAUAUUGUGAUAUGUUUGUUUUAUUGAGGAAAUUACAUGGCAUAUGGAUAAUGAAGAUAUGUCUGGGCUUAAAUGAGUUUUUUUAUGUUUGAGCAAUGUUAAAGCAGGUGACUUUGAAAUUGGUACAUAAUGUUGUUUACAGACAUCUGAUUAUGAAUUAAGAGAGUUUAUACAUGUAUAGAUUGACGGCGAAGCCCAUUAAAUAUGUGAUGAUUUGAAUUGUUGUCAUGUUUAAACAAUAUAAGCGCUGGUUGUUGUACAUGUAACAUAUACCUGAAGGCUUCAGGGUUUUCCUGUAUUUCCCUGUGGUUUCCAGAUCUUCCUAUAUUUUCCUAUAUUUGUUAAAUACUUCCUAUAUUUCCUGUAUUUCUUCAAAAAAAAAAACAAUUUGUUUGCAGUGUUUUUUUACCUUGUCUGUACAAGAUACAUAUACAUAUACAGGGUACCAAUACAGUUUCUACCAUGGCAUGAAAGUUAGAGCAUUCAAAGAAUAUUUUAAAUGGUGCAUAUUAUUAUGCCUACUUAAAGGAUACACGAAUAACUUGGUUUAUAUUUCUUUAAAGAUGUACGACACAUAUGAUGUGAUAUAACAUAUAAAAGUACAACAGAGGUUCUUGGAUUCCUUCUUGGUGCGUUAAAAUGGCUUUAGACUACAGUUUUAUGAAGGCCCAAGCGAUAUGUGCGGAAAUUAAAAGCAAAGAACACACUAAAUGAAAAACCAUUAAAAACUGUCAAACAGAAUGCUUGCAUGUAUCUUUUUUAGAAUUUUUCCGACUAAAAUGGUUUUUAAAACAUCAGAUUCUACGGUGGUCUGCAGUGAACCAAAGGGUGAAUGUAUUCGUAAAUCCACGCAUAUAUGCUGUUUAAUGAUGAAAUGUGGUAGCCUAUGUGUGCUAAGCGGCAAAAUUCUGAUGUGUGAUGUCACUGGUCCCAAUAUUGUCCAAAUAUGCCACCAUAGAAUUCAAAGUUUCAAAUGCAUUUUACAAUGUUGAAAAAAUUCUAAUAAAAUAAAUAGAACUGUUUUUAUGGACAGCGUUUAGUGGUCUUUCAUCUGACACACGUUUCAUGUUAGUGUGUUCUUUUCCCUUACGUAGUCUGCUGUGGUGAUGUCAAUAGUGAUAGCUGUCACAACAUUGAUGACAUCAUUGCCAAAAAUAUGCAUAAAUAGAGGGGUUUUAUAUUACAUAAAAUAUGGAUCAAAUAUGAAAAAAAAAUUCUCUUUUUAGUUGGUCAUAUCUUUCUUCAUUUUCCUUAAAACCAUAUUCGUUGUUUUAUUAUGCCUUUCCAUGUACCCUUUAAUACAAUUUAACCAAAAUUCAACAUACAAUAUUCAGUGUUUCUGUUUAGGGGUAACGCAAUCCCAUCAGCUACGUACGACUAGCUUAUGCCAUACACUGAGUGUCAGCAUAUUAAACAAUAUGUUAGGGGUGGUACAUACAUGUAUAUGAAAGCAGAAUUCCAAGGGUAUAGCACCUACGUUUAUCAGUUACUGAUGAAAAUUCCCAACAUAUCACAGACUGGGCAAACGGUCAUACAAGCAACUUCAACCGCUUAUUGUUAACAAGGCUGCACAAGUUUCAUGGUACCUUACUGUUACACCAAUUCCAUUUUUGUUACCAUAUGUCAUGUAUAGUUUCACUUAGGUUAAUUUAUUGAUAUGGGUAUAAAAGUUACAGAAACAGACAUGAGUAUAGUGUACCCAUAAAAAUUUUUAUGGAUACACAAAUAUGAGCUUAGAAUGUGAGCUUAACAGGCAA